AUGCGUUUCACCCACAAACCUGGGCUGGGUCGUCACAUUGCCAACAUGUCAGAUACUCUACAGAUCUUCUCAGUCAAGGUAGCUGCUGCGACAACUGGAGGCUUGCAGUGGCCGCUUCAUGUGUUUGGUACAGUUUCUGUGCGUGACUUUGUUGAUCGUAAUCGCAAUGUUCUCUUCCACUGCACAAGGGACAACUGCCAAACCCUCACCCAACUGGAAAGAAAUUUAGUACUGGUAGGCCCCACCCGUGCAGUUGUGUUGUCUACGGAUCCUGUGAUGAUCGAUGCUGAACUGAAAAUGAAGGGUUCUACUGAAUCUGAGGAUAAAUUCUUGAGCCUUCUAGCUGUGCCACUCGUAUGUAGUAGUAUGUAUUCACGUGUGCUAAAGUCUGGUUCUUACACUAGCAAGCUAAGCACAUUGGAGUUUAGACUUGGCUAUAUUGCAUCAUCUGUGGAGGCCACAAUAUCCGUGCGAGUUAUAUGUGGGUCAUGGCCUGAUGGUUUUCGUGGUCAAUUUGGUGCCUUUACCACUGGUGUCUAUUGCAGGCAUUUGGUUCGUGAAGGUGAUAUAGCCAGUAUUGAUCAUGAGGAAAUUGUUUUGCUUGAUUCUAGAGAUGAGAAAUUAGUUGUGACAGGUGAUGGCAAGAUCAAGCUUUCACGGUGUGUUGUUUCAGUUGAAAGUAUGGGAGAGCUGAAAGUUUGUAUCAGGGUAUGGGAUGUUGAUAACAAUGUGGUGGAAAAGGUGAAGGUUUUCACAGCAUUAGAAGUUGGUUUAAGCAAUGGCGAGCUAGACAUUGGCUUUUGUAAGCUGGAAGUCAAUGUUGCCUGGUCACUCAUUUCGGAGAAGCCUGUUUUUGCUGAUUCGGUACUGUAG